AGCCUCUCAGGAGCUCCGCAGCGCCUGGCCGGUGGCAGCAGGGGACGAGCAGGGGCCGCCGCUCUCAGCACCGGCAUGUCUUACAGCGUGACCCUGACCGGGCCUGGGCCCUGGGGCUUCCGUCUGCAGGGAGGCAAGGACUUCAACAUGCCACUCACCAUCUCCCGGAUCACGCCGGGCAGCAAGGCUGCCCAGUCCCAGCUCAGCCAGGGCGACCUCGUGGUAGCCAUCGACGGCGUCAACACAGACACCAUGACCCACCUGGAGGCCCAGAACAAGAUCAAGUCCGCCAGCUACAACCUGAGCCUCACGCUGCAGAAGUCGAAGCGGCCCGUCCCCAUCUCCACGGCGCCGCCCCCGGUCCAGUCUCCCCUGCCGGUGAUCCCCCGCCAGAAGGACCCCGCUCUGGACACCAGCGGCAGCCCGGUGGCGCCCAGCCCUGACCCCGAGGCGAGGGCCGGCCCGGGCACCCCGGAGGUCAGGCAGACCUUUAGCUCCUCCUCUCAGACCUCCGUCUUCUCCUCCCACGCGGGGGCCUCUGACCCUGGCCCUCCACGGGGCAGCCCGGGGGCCAAGACCAGCCCGGAGGGGGCCCUGGACGCACUCAGCCCGACAGUGCCCAUGGGCCCGAGCCGGCCCGGGCAGUAUAACAGCCCCAUUGGCCUGUACUCGGCAGAGACCCUGAGGGAAAUGGCUCAGAUGUAUCAGAUGAGCCUCCGAGGGAAGGCCCCAGGUGCCGGACUCCCAGGAGGUGCCGACUACCAGGAACGCUUCAACCCCAACGCCCUGAAGGACUCGGCCCUGUCCACCCACAAGCCCAUCGAGGUGAAGGGGCUGGGCGGCAAGGCCACCAUCAUCCACGCGCAGUACAACACCCCCAUCAGCAUGUACUCGCAGGACGCCAUCAUGGACGCCAUCGCCGGGCAGGCCCAGGCCCAGGGCAGUGACUUCAGUGGGAGCCUCCCUAUGAAAGACCUGGCUGUUGACAGCGCCUCCCCGGUGUACCAGGCUGUGAUCAAGAACCAGAACCGGCCGGAAGACGAGGCUGAUGAAUGGGCCCGCCGCUCCUCCACCCUCCAGUCUCGCUCCUUCCGCAUCCUGGCCCAGAUGACGGGGACGGAGUACAUGCAAGACCCCGAUGAGGAAGCCUUGCGCAGGUCCAGGCCACAGGCUCCCGGUGCCGCCACGGCGACCUCUCCGGCACCUGCUGCCCACGCAGACACCGAAGCCCCAGCUGCCCCUGUGCCCAAGCCUCGGGUCGUCACCACUGCCAGCAUUCGGCCUUCUGUCUACCAGCCAGUGCCCACAAAUACCUACAGCCCAUCCCCAGGGGCCAAUUACAGUCCAGCUCCCUACACCCCCUCCCCUGCCCCCGCCUACACUCCCUCCCCUGCCCCCACCUACACCCCCUCCCCUGCCCCCGCCUACACCCCUUCCCCUGCCCCCACCUACUCACCCUCCCCAGCACCAGCCUACACCCCCUCCCCUGCCCCGAGCUAUAACCCUGCACCCUCGGUGGCCUACGGUGGGGGCCCUGCUGAAUCUGCCAGCCGCCCCCCUUGGGUGACAGAUGACAGCUUCUCUCAGAAGUUUGCCCCUGGCAAGAGCACCACCUCGGUCAGCAAGCAGACCCUGCCCGGAGGGACUCCUGCCUACACUCCAGGUUCCCAGGUGCCCCCCCUUGCCAGGGGCACCAUCCAGAGGGCCGAGCGCUACCCAGCCAGCAGCCGGACUCCGCUCUGUGGCCACUGCAACAAUGUCAUCCGGGGCCCCUUCCUGGUGGCCAUGGGCCGCUCCUGGCACCCGGAGGAGUUCAGCUGUGCCUCCUGCAAGUGCUCCCUGGCCGACGUGUGCUUCGUGGAGGAGCAGAGCAACGUGUACUGCGAGCGGUGCUACGAGCAGUUCUUCGCCCCGAUCUGUGCCAAGUGCAACACCAAAAUCAUGGGGGAGGUGAUGCACGCCCUGCGGCAGACGUGGCACACCACCUGCUUCGUCUGUGCGGCCUGCAAGAAGCCCUUCGGGAACAGCCUGUUCCACAUGGAGGACGGGGAGCCCUACUGUGAGAAAGAUUACAUCAACCUGUUCAGCACCAAGUGUCACGGCUGCGACUUCCCCGUGGAGGCUGGUGACAAGUUCAUCGAAGCCCUGGGACACACCUGGCACGACACCUGCUUCAUCUGUGCAGUCUGCCACGUGAACCUGGAGGGGCAGCCGUUCUACUCCAAGAAGGACAAGCCCCUGUGCAAGAAGCACGCACACGCCAUCAACGUGUAGGCAGCCGGGCACCUGGCGCGGACCGGCGGGGCUGCUCCCGCCUCCGGCAGCGGAGGCUUCGAGAAGGCGGACGAUUCUUUUCGGAGGACAGGAAGACGGGGAGACACUGAGCUCUUUGAAGUGUAAUUUUAGUCCUUUCUUCUGUACACAGAUUGUGUAUUCGCAUAGUUCAGACUAGAAGCCAAGGGAAGGUUCCUAACCAAGCUAGCCAUGACUCCAAGACUGAGUGUGCGUCAGCGCCCAGGGCCGACUCCCAGAGCUCGGCGCCAACAGCACGGGCUUGCCCAGAGGGAGGCCUUGCGGGCUCACAGGCAGGGCAGAGCCGGCUGGGCCGCCGAGGCUCUGCGGGGCUCUCAGCCCUCCUUGGCAAACAGACCAAGUGCCAAACACUCGGGUAUUUUUAGAGCCAGAGCCGAGGGCUUGGGAGCUCAGACCCACUGGGCUUUCCUCACCAAAAAAGGAAGUGCUGUUCCCUUGCUGCGUCGUGAGCUACCUCUGGGCGGCAGACCUCAGACCUGGAACGGACCUGAGUGUCCUGAGGGAGCCCAGCCACGGGGAGCGUGUUCUGGGAGCCGACGGGCACUGCCAGGCCCGGGGCUCUGGCCCACGCUGCCCACAGCGGGCAAAGGCGGGCGCUUCAGCUGCCUCGUCCAGUCUGACACACCGGGUCCCAAAGGCUCGGCUCCUUUGUGAAUUGCGCCUGGAACGUGGGAUUGGGCUUUUCCCAUCCUGCUUUGCUGUGUGUGAGAGAUUUGAAAGCGACCGUGGGUUCUGUGUGGCCUUUGUUUGCUUUGUGCGGUCUGUGAGCAGGACUGUCCAGGCUGGUGGAUGGCACUGCCCGUCCUACGCCCACUCAUGGAGUCUACCUGCACCCCCGCCCCUGCGGGCCUAGUGGCUUCUGGGAAAGGAGAGGGAGACCGUGUUUGGAUCAGGGUGGCAGAAGGGCUGAGAACGUGCCCAGCCUCUGGGGGCGAGGGACUCACCCUCUGCCAGCCUCCGGGGAAAGUGGGGCGUGGCGGCCCCCCACUUCAGGUCAGCACCCUUCUCCGUGUCCCUCUGCCUGGCACCCUGGUCGUGUGCCGCUGCGUUGGCUGCUCGAAGGGAAAGGUGGACCGAUGCCUACUCGGGAGAUUAUGCCUUAGGUCGACGGAGGAUGAUUUCAGUAUUUCUUCAAGUAGACUUGGCCCUUGAAACUUCCUUGAAAGAUGUGUGACAGGUGGCGUUAAGUAGGCCUUCUGAGCUGUCUGGGCGUGAAGAGCGGCGCCCUAGCUCUGAGGCUGGUGACGGUCUGCAGUCCCUGCCCCUUUAGGACGCACUGUACUGUUUGCUCGCUGCACGCGGCGCUGGGGAGGCCGCUGGGCCGGGGCUCACUGAGCACCUGCUGCUGCUCCUUCUGUCCCGCUUGGGUUUUCUCUGCACGCUUGAAUCUUUUACGAGAACACUGUUGGCAUUAGGACACGCUUUCUUCUGAGAACUGAGCUUGCGGGGUCUGCCUGUCUGCCAUGGGCCCCUUCUCCCCGGGGAGCGGGGGGAGCUGGACGUGCCCCUCGCAGGAAGCCUGUGUUUCAUUCCAAGGGCAAAGCCACCGGGGUCCCCGGGAGCAGGAGGGACAUCAGCGAGCCGCAGGGCCCUUGCUGAGCUGUGAGGGAGUGCCCUGGAGCCCGGACAGAGCCAUCUGCAGGGAGUGCCUGCCGGCUGGGCAGGGGCUGCGGCACUGGGAGCUGCCACUGGUUUGGAAAGUUCAGAUGUACAGGGAGGGACAAGGAGGUCGCUGGCGGUACAGACAGACUCGAGGCACGUUUUCUCUGAAGGACUCAGAACAAAACAGAACAAUUAUCAGGGACUGGUCAUGCGGAAAGGAAAACGCUCCCUGGAGUUAAGCUUCCAAAAUCAUUCUUUAAAAGGGUUCACACACACACACACACACACACACACACACACGUGACCAUUACAACACAAAGUGAAAUAUCUCAGAGGUGGACCUCAGUCCACCUGGUUUCCCUACAUCUGAGAGCCAGCGUAGCUUCUAGGGACUCUUAUUUACCAAAACACAAAACGAACCAGCGGAAGUGCUGUAAGGGAGCGGGAAAAAGAUGCGGUUUAGCAUCAGGGUUGAGGUUGAAUCAGUUUCAGGUUAACAUCUCCGAUGGCCGACCCCAGCAAACGCGCUUUCUACCAGUUCGUGCUGGGAAGCACCCCUUGGCCCCGCAGUUCCUGUCUCUGAAAUGUGCUGACAGUUCUUUGAUCGUCAUGAACAUGAACUUUGGCAGCUGAGUGGCCUGCGCCUGUGUGAGGAGCCCGCUGCUCUGUCAGCCUUUCAGCCCUCGCGCUCCUGCUGGGAGGUUCUUUUCUGAUUCUGAGACUUCAGGAGGGGAAUAGAGUGUGCUAGAGGUGUGCACAGAGAUACUUUGCAUGUUUUUCUUUUUGCCCAUGUGAAUUCUACUUUGUAGCAAAAUAAAACCCACAAA